AUGAAUCAAUGUAUUCCUGAUUGGAAUUUUGAGGGUGAUCUUCCUGUCUCCAAUCAGAAGAAGCCAAUAGAGUCUGUACUUUCUCUAAAUUUUGAUAAUUUGAUCUUUAAGGCAUUCAUCUUUGUAAAGGUUCUUGAUAUUGGUUGCCCCAUUUUUUACCUUUGCAGGCAAGACAAUGACCUAGUAGAGCUGCUAUGGCGAAAUGGGCAGGUAGUUCUGCACAGCCAAGCACACAGAAAACCAAAUCCUCAUGUUCAAAAACAUGAUUUACCAGCAGUAAGGGACAGUGGGUCGGUUCCGAAUUCAAGUCAUUUGAUUCAAGAUGAUGAGACAGUGUCUUGGAUUCAAUACCCUCUUGAAGAUUACUCUGGAAAGGAGUUCUGUUCCAAUUUUUUCUCCGAACUGCCAUCACCAUUCCCUGAUCAAAUUUUGGAAGAAAAGUCUGCUAAAUUUGAUGCCUUGGCGAGUUCACAACAACAGUAUCAGCAUCAGUAUCAACAACAACUCAACAAUAAACAUCCCGUGGUUGCUGAAUUGUCUGGAAAUCCAAUGCCUCCUCCAAGAAUUCAAGUCCUGGACAAAAGGCAUACUAGCGGAGCAGGGUUUGGUAAAGCUGUUAAUGCUAACUUUUCUCAGUUCUCUGCUCCCUUUAAAGGAGGUGAUUUUAGAUCUUCAAGUCGACAAUUUGGAGGACAGGGGUCUGGGAAUUUUUCACAAGGAGAGGGAAGGGAGUGCUCAGUGGUGACAGUAGGGUCAAGCAACCAAAUUCCACACGAUCGUGAUGUGAACCGUGCUUCUAGUAAUGCUGUUGGGACUAGUACGGGCUUGUCUGCUGGACACUCCAUGGAUGAUCCUCGAAAAACAGUCUCCCAGAAUGAGAGAGGCAAAACUGAGACACUUGAGGCUACUCUAACUUCAUCCUCAGGUGGAUCAGGUAGUAGUUUUGGUAGACCAUGUAAACAAUCUGCGGGACCUAGUAGUAGCCAGAAAAGAAAGACCAUGGACGCAGAGGAUUCUGAGUGCCAAAGUGAGGCUGCCGAGCUUGAUUCAGCUGCAGGAAACAAGCCAGCCAAACGAUCAGGAUCUAUCCGCAGGAGCCGUGCUGCUGAAGUUCAUAACCUCUCAGAAAGGAGACGGAGGGAUAGAAUUAACGAGAAGAUGAAAGCAUUGCAAGAGCUCAUACCUCACUGCAACAAGACAGAUAAAGCAUCAAUGCUGGAUGAGGCAAUUGAGUACUUGAAGUCACUUCAAUUACAACUUCAGGUAAUGUGGAUGGGAAGUGGGAUGGCCCCUGUGGUGUUUCCAGGAAUGCAGCAUUUCAUGUCUCGCAUGGGAAUGGGAAUGGGAAUGGGUCCGCCUCCUUUGCCUUCUAUGCAAAAUCCCAUGCAUUUGCCUAGGGUCCCACUCGUUGAUCAAUCACAGAACCAGGCAGUAAUUUGCCAAAAUCCAGUGUUGAAUCCAGUUAAUUAUCAAAAUCAGAUGCAAAAUCCUGCAUUCUCUGACCAGUAUGCACGUUUCAUGGGCUUUCACAUGCAAGCCGCAUCUCAGUUUAGUGAUAAUGGUGUUGGUGCAUUGGUUUUGGUUUUGCAGCCCAUGAAUAUGUUCCGGUUUGGCCCGCAAACAGUACAGCAGAAUCAAAUGAUGGCACAACCAAGCAGUGGUGGUGGACCCUUGAGUACUGGAACUGCAGUCAAUGAUGCUCCUCCAAGUGGCAAGAUGGUUUUACUUGUUGAUACGAGUAGAUGCUGCUUAGUGCUUAGCUUAGAUAGUAAAGUCAUUUGGCGAGUGCCAAGUGAUCUGCGUUCAAACUUGUCCCACACCGGAGAUGACGAAGAGCCAUCCUCAGCAGCUCAGCGUCCGAAUGGCUUCUCGUUAACCGGUGAAUAUGCAUUCCGAUCAGGUGUUUAUGGUCCCCUGGAUGCAUAA